UAUAAGUACUUGUACUAGUUGUAUACAACAGCAUAAUAAACUUUUAAAAACACAAAACUAAAAAAAUAAAUAAAAAUGGCAGGGUUAUUUGACAAACAAGCAGAUUUAUAUGUAGAAGGAAGGCCCGAUUACCCAAAAGAAUGGUAUACUUUGUUGGCUGAUCGCACCUCUCACCACUCUUUGGCUUGGGAUGUUGGUACUGGCAAUGGCCAAGCUGCUAUCUCUGUUGCCGAAUAUUACAAUCAAGUGAUAGCAACAGACAUAAGUGAACCCCAAAUCAGUCGGGCCAUCCAUCAUCCUCGGGUCAAGUACAUCCACACACCAACCUCUUUAAGUAACAAUGACCUCAUCUCCUUAAUUGGACCAGAGGGCUCGGUUGAUUUAAUCACUGUAGCCCAAGCGGUCCAUUGGUUUGAUCUUCCUAACUUUUACUCUAUAGUGAACCGGUUACUAAAAAAACCAAGAGGAAUAUUCGCAGUUUGGUGUUAUAAUGACGUCACAGUGAGUCCCACAUUUGAUCCAAUUAUGAACCGAUUUCAUAAGACGACCCUACCAUAUUGGGACCCGAAGAUACGAUACGUGUUUGAUGGGUAUAAAACGCUGCCGUUUCCCUUUGAAGAUGUUGGGCUAGGGAGUGAGGGGCGUCCUAUGGAAUUGGACAUACCUAAAACGAUGUCGUUUGAGGAGUUCUUGGGGAUGUUGAAGUCUUGGUCAGCUGUUACAACGGCUAAAGAAAAAGGGGUGGAUUUGUUGAAUGAGAGUGUGGUUAAUGACUUAAUGACUGCAUGGGGUGGGUCCCAGUUGGUUAAACCCGUGGUUUAUAAGGCUUUUAUGAUUGCUGGCAAACUUCGGGGUUAAUUUCAUAUUUGUAAAUCUUAUUGUGAAAUCGUUGUAAUGACAACUGGUACAACACUAAUACGGACUCCGUAUAGUGAUGUAGAAAAUAAGAUUGCUCUUUUAUAGUGUGUUAUUAUAUAUUGUACUUUCUUAUGUCCUGAAUCCUGAUUAACUCAAUCAAUUAGUAGUGUAUAAUUGUUUUGUUUU